AUGCCCCAUUUACAGGCCUGCGCUAAAGCGAAACAGAGUGCGCGAGAGGCCAACGGCAAGAUCGAGAGCGAAAGCGAGGUACCUUGGACGGUAGAAUCGACAUGUAUUGCCUUCGGCGAUAAUGAAAAUGACGUGCGAAUGUUAGUCAAGGCUGCCAGAGGGUGCCUAAUGGGCAACAGCACAGAGGAACUAAAGAAGACUCUAAAAAAUGACGUUGUGGUUGUUGGCACCAAUUCCGAGGAUGGUGUUGCCCACGAAAUCAAGAAAGCAUUUAAACUUUGAGUAGCUCGAUAAAAAUUAUUAUUUAUAACAUCUUCAUUUGUUUUCUUUUAUAGGAGGCUUGAGUGAGUAAUCUAUUUUCUCCUAUGCACGACCAUUUUCUCAGUCUACAUAACGUCUAGACCUUUUCAAUUCUAAUUAUAUAUCCAGAAAAGAAUAUAGAUUAGACUCAGCAGAUCCGUGACGAAAAGGUUACCUCUGUGAUAAAUUUUCAUUAGUUUCUAAAGCAAUUAUAAUGCUGCUUUUUUUCGUUAAAUGUCUCCGUUUUUCUUCUCAGAAACAUUUACAAAAAUUAUACCUCAAAGAGGAGGGAAAAAUGAAAAA